AUGUCCAACUUCGACCUCAACCAGACGUUGAACAACACUAUCGGUGCCUUGUACAUAGGGACAGUCAUCGCCGCAGUUCUCUACGGUUUCACGACGCUGCAAACCUACUGGUACUAUCACUGGUAUGCUCGUCGCGACACUCGUGUACAUCAAUUUGCAGUAGCUGGACUAUGGACACUGGAUACUCUACAUUUAAUACUCAUUUGUCACGGAGCGUAUCAUUACAUGGUAACAGGCUUUGGUAACUUCAUUGGUCUUUUGGGCUUGGUUUGGUCCCUAAAGCUCCAAGUCACUAUUAACGUCCUCAUCAUCUUUUUGGUUCACUCUUUGUAUACAUACCGAGUUUGGCUCCUUGGUGGCUACCACAAGAACGGCCUCAUGGCAUACAUUGUAUGUGCUGUGUUGAUGGCAGGGUUUGCCAUCGGUGUGGUUUUGGCAUACGAAGUGUAUUCUGUGGGCACAUUUGCGGAUCAUGAGAAGAUGGGCUGGGUGAUCAUCGCUUCCCUUGCCACAUCGACGGCAAUAGAUUUUGUCAUCGCUGGCGCGAUGUGCUACUAUCUCAAGAAGAGCAAGAGCCCGCAGUCCCACUUGAAUUCCAAAAUCUCCACUCUCAUGCAAUUCGUCCUUGGAUCUGGUUUCCUUACGAGUGCAACAUCAAUGGCGGCACUCAUCGCAUACGUCGUCAUGCCAGAUACACUCAUUUUCAUCGGCAUAGAGUCCUUCUUGACCAAGCUAUACAUUAAUUCCUUUUUUGCUAUGCUCAAUGCAAGGAACAACCGCAUAUCGCCGGACCAUGAGGAGCAUAGCUUGUCGAUACGCAUCUCGAGUUUGUCGAAGGGCCCCAACCUCCCCACACCGCCAUCUGUAUCGACGACGACAGAAAAGAGCAUGAAUUUCGGACCAAAGACACCAGAACCACGGAGUUAUUCGCCUCCUCUCGAAGAAGUUUAA